AUGUAUAAUGGUCCAGGAAUUGAAGUAGAGAAUAAAAGUGAAUUUUGGCAUGGUGAACAUAAUAUUAUGAUAAAUUCAGUUGAAUAUUUUACAGGAGACUUUGUUCAUAUUAUGGCAUCAAAUCAAUUAAAUUGUAUUAGAAUAACGUCUAUAAUUCUACAUAACAGUAGAUUAAAGUUAAAAUUGCAGAGAUUUUUAACUUUUGAUGAACUUCCAGCUCAAUAUCAAACAGCUGAUCGUUAUUCUAAUAGUAGUAAUAAAAGAUGGUUAUUAGAAGAUAAACCUAUAAUAGUUGAACCUGAAGUUAUAGUUGGUAAAACAUUAAUUUUUCCUCAAGAUUUUACUAAUCUUCCUAAUUUACAUAUUAAUGGUCAUUUACAACAUCAUGCUAAAACAUUUGCUACAUUAGUAAAUAGUGCUGUUGGAGUUAAAGAAAUGGUUCAUAAAAUAUUUAAAAAUACUGUUUCACAUACAAAUGGAAAAAUGAUAGAAAAGGAUCUAAUAAAAAGAUAUAAUACUUUACAGGCAUUACGUAAUAUCAUAGAUGGUACUUUGGAUUCUCAUUAUAAUAAUUUUUUGGGAAAUGGUUAUUUUCAAGACAAUAUUUUUAGAUUAUUGCUUUCUUCUUGGUUUGCUACAUCAGCAACUAUUUCUAAUACUGAAAAAAUAGCAAUUAAUGAAGCAGUUGAAUCCCCAGAUUAUUCUAUUUAUGAAAUUCUGCUACAAGCUAAAUGGAAACAAUAUAAGAUUUUGCAAAAUAAUUUUGAAACAAAUAUAUCAAUUAAUGGUUAUAUUUACUAUGGUCUUAAAACAGCUUAUAAAGAAUACUUUAACUUUACAGAAUAUCUUCAUAAUACCAAAAUUAUUUAUUUUAAUUAUAUUUCAUAUAAGAUAUCAUCUUGGCUGAUGUGGAUUGCAGCAUUUCAAGGUUUCAACAUCUUGCUAGUAUUUAUUUUGAAGAAAGGAAAUGCUUACUAAAUUUUCGAAUUAAGAUUAUCAAAAUAUAUACACAGGUCAAAUGCUGACAAAUCGGCAUCCAAUUGGAUGCCAAUAGUCAUCCUUAUUUGGUGAUCAGAUGCCGGUUAGGCGGUCAAUUAAUGGUGCAAAUCAGAAUAUAACCGGAUGUGCCAAUUAUAAUAUUACAUAAUAAAAAUAAAUCACACCUGGCACUAUUUAAUUUGACCACUAUUUAAUUUGUCAAAUUAAAUAU